CACAUUUUUAACUUUCCAUUCACCAAAAGCUACACUAUAGUAACGAUAUGACAGGCUUAACAAACUUGAAGUAUUACUACUUUGAUCUUGGAACUCAAGGUCGCGGUGAACCAGCUCGCUUGCUACUUCAUGAUGCUGAUGUCUCUUUCGAAGACAUUCGUAUUGAAUUUAAAGACUGGCUUGCUUUCAAAAAUGAAAUUAUUGAAGACUAUCCAGCUGCUGCGCUACCGCUAGUGAAGACUGGUGAUGGUGAAUAUUAUGGGUUAACCGCCCCACUGAUGCGCUUCCUUGGUCAACAAUUGGGCUAUGAUGCUGUUGACAAGAAGAAGUCUCAUUUUGUGGACCAGACAGCUGAUUUCGUGAGCGACUGGUUUCAGGAUUGUAUUAGAAUCUUUUUCCAGCCGGAUCAACAAGAAGUUCAUGAUAAGAACUUGAAAGGUAUCCACUGCGGAAGAAUGGAACGCAUGUAUGGUCGUUACAAUGAAGGGCCUUAUCUUUUGGGCGAGCAGAUUACUUAUGCAGACUUCAUGGUGUAUGCUGCGAUGAGACAGGAUAAGGUCUUGGGCUCUUUACUUGAAAAGGACAUGCCCAACCUAUUCAAGUUCGUCCAAGCGUUCGAGAAUCGGAAGAACCUAAAGGAGUAUAUCACAUCUUUGCCCACGGAUGAGCCACAAAUCGUUAUCCCAGUCGAGUAGUCGCAUAAUACUGAGUGCUAUUACACUGUGAAACUUGUUUUCAAAGCUUUGCUGUAUAUGCUCUAACGUUACACUAAGUACUAGGAGCAGUGAGUUCUUUUUGGCGUACACGAGAUCAAUAAACGGAUUUCUCCACAACGUCACAAUCAUACAAUGACAAUGAUAAUAUUCAUUUGCUCAGAUACCUAUGGAAUCUUUCCAUCUUCUACAUAUACGCAUAUCAUAUUGGUUACUGUAUUGAUAUACCCGCGAGAUAAUAGAACUGGCUUCUUCCUCUAUCAUAUACAUUUACCGCUAAUAUUUUACAAGUGGAAUCAGCAGCCAAAAUCCUUUGGUUAAGAUAUAUCAUAUCCCAGAAAUUGCAUGAUAAUAUAUACGCUCGAGAUGAUUAUCCAUUUUUCUUGCAGCAGUAGUGUCUGUUUUAAA